AUGGCUUCUAUGCACUUUGCAUUAUUCCCCCAUCCAUUGAAUGAUACGGAUGAUGAAACAUCAUCUACACCUCCAUCCAAACAACAGCAACAACCUGGUUCAGCAUUAGGUACAUCAAGUGAUGAACAAAAAGAAGUUUUUAAUCUCACAUCAACAACAGGAAAAUCACCACUGCUAUCUAAAAGACGAAAAAUUCAAAGUACUACUCCAUCAAGUCAAAAAAAGACGCCUAAAAAAUCGACUACAAUAAGUGUUCAAACAGAAUGGACAUGGAAAGAUAUGGAAAUGCUCGAACAAUAUCGAAUUCGAGAAGAAAAACCUGAACCGGUACCUGUCGAAGAAGAACGUGAAGAAUUAGAACGAGAAGUUAUUGCUGAACCAGAAGUACCAAUUCCAAAAGUUUCAGAAACACCUGAACAAGCUGAAUCGACUAUUAGUUCAUUACCAGAAUUGCCAAUUUUAACAUCUGUUGGACCACCACCUAUUUUACAGUAUAAUCCUGAAUCUAAACAAAAAUCAUUUGAUAUACCUCGAACACAUGAACAAGCCAUUGAAACUGAAUUACGUGAAUUGGGUGUACAUAUUCAUGGACAUGUUCCAUGUGAAUUUUGUGGUGAACCAAUACUUAAAUGGCCAACAAUUAUUGAACAAGAAAAAUUUGCACCAAGUCAAUUAUUUUGUUGUAGUGAGUAUCGUGAAUUUGUUGAAGCUGUACUUGAAAUGCAAAGAGAAGAGAAUCAAAAACUUGAUUCAAAACAAAUUGAUAUACAACCACAUGCUAAAGUUCGUAGUCGACGUGCUCGACAAUUAGCUGAAGAACGAGCUAAAACAAGAGUUUGGGAACGUCAUAUGGCUGAACAAAAACGUCUUGAAGAACAAGCACAAAAAUUAGCACAUGCUACACAAUCAAAAUCUAGUGAUUUACAAUCAGGUGGAAGUACUGAUUUCAGUCAAGCACCACAUAAAUUAAUGGACAGACGUGCAGCAGCAAAAAUGAUUCAGGAUGACUUGGCAGCAAAAAUGAGAACUCUGACAUAUCAAUUAUCAAAUUUAAAAUUUGUUGAAGAAGGUUGGACAUUACAAAGGCCACCUGAUUUUGAAAUAAGUUCAGAUGAUGAUUCUGAAGAUGGAGAACAUAUACUUGUACCAAGAGAUCUUUCGUCUUCGAUACUUAAAAGAUAUGAAAGACCAUUAAUUCAAAGAUUUUAUAAAGACGGAUCAAAAGCAGCUAUUCUUUUUCCAAAUGGAACAGGCUGUGUUUAUUAUCCAUCGGGUAAUUUGGCUAUCAGUAUCUCAGAAGUUGCUCGUGCUAUGCUUUUAUAUACUGCAUUUACUGAUGAACCAACACUUUCAGCAAAACAAUUAGCACAAUUUGAUCCAUUUGGAAAUGGUUAUUGUAAUUUUACCAAUGGAGAUUUAAGAUUACAAUUGACAGCACUUGAAGGCGUAGAAUUAAAUUUUGAUGGUGGUCGACGCCGUCGUUGGAAUUGGUGGACAAAAGUGAAUACGUCUUUUGAACCACACGUACAUGCACCACCAUUUCAACCAAUAUUAUUUCAUUUAAAUAAUGAAAUUGUUAUAAAAAUUUGUUCACAAGAAAAAAUUUAUAUGAAAUUUUCUACUGAACUUGUUGAACUUAAAUUUAAAGUUGGUGCUAGAUUAAAAGUAAAUAAUGUGAAUAAUUUACCAUCAACACAAAAAAAUGAUCCAUAUGAAAAUCUAUUAAAAAAGAAAAAUAUUAUUAUAACACGUUUAUUAAAAAAUAUCCAAAAUGAAGCCCAACAAUAUAUUAAAAGUCAAGAACAAAUGCGAAUUUCUCAAGAAACAACUUUAAUUAAUCUUGAACAACAAAAACGUACAAAACAACCAAUUAAACAAAGCUUAUUUCCACCUAUACGGCAAAAUGAAGAAAAAAUUCAAAAUAAUCGAAAAAUUUAUCGCAGUGUCAUAGUCACGUAA